AGCAAAGGAAUCAGACAGAGUCAAGUAAAGCUGUUCCAUGUGCUAUUCUAAUGGAUCUUGAGCCUGGUACUAUGGACAGUGUUAGAACUGGACCUUAUGGUCAAAUCUUUAGACCUGAUAACUUUGUUUUUGGGCAAUCUGGUGCUGGAAAUAACUGGGCUAAAGGGCAUUACACUGAAGGAGCUGAGCUUAUUGAUGUUGUGCUUGAUGUUGUUCGUAAGGAGGCUGAGAAUUGUGACUGUCUUCAGG